UGCAGUUUAAUGUGGAUAAAUGUGAGGUUAUCCACUUUGGUAGCAAAUCAGGAAGGCAUAUUACUAUCUAAAUGGUAUCAAGUUGGGAAAAGGGGAAGCACAAUGGGAUCUGAGGGCCCUUGUUCAUCAGUCAAUGAAAGUAAGCAUUCAGGUACAGCAGGCAGUGAAGAAAGCGAAUGGCACGUUGGCCUUUAUAACAAAAGGAGUUGAGUAUAGGAGCAAAUAGGUCCUUCUGCAGUUGUAUAGGGCCCUGGAGAAUUGUGUGCAGUUUUGGUCCCUUAAUUUGUGGAAGGACAUUCUUGCUAUUGAGGGAGUGCAGCGUAGGUUCACGAGGUUAAUCCCGGGAUGGCGGGACUGUCAUAUGCUGAGAGUUUAGAAGGAUGAAAGGGUAUUUUAUUGAAACAUAUAAGAUUAUUAAGGGUUUGGACACGCUAGAGGCAGGAAACAUGUUGCCUAUGUUGGGGGAGUCCAGAACAAGGGGCCAGUUUAAGAAUAAGGAGUAAGCCAAAUGGCCUCCUGCAUCAAUUAUUUUUUAUCCAUGUCGCGUUAUCCAUAAAUUAUCCUAUAAGUAAUCCAGAGUUAUCCAUGUUACCUCUGCCGUGUCGUGGGCAAACUGGAUCCCAAACCAAGCUGUGUCUGUCUACAAUACAUCUGUAGAAGUUUGUCAAAGUUGUGGCAGACAUGGCGAGCUUUGCUCGGUGUGAUGUGGAAGUGGAGAUGUAGGCGAAGCUUCAUUGCGGUUGGUCCGAUUGUUCAUUCCCCCGGGUCCCGCUCAUGAACCGGGCACUUUUGGGUCGCCUUGGCGCGGCCUCUCACAGAGGCGAGGCCGGGUGAGUGUCGGACCCCCUUGCUGCCCGGGCGGGCUCGGCUGCAGCUGUUGUGUGUUUGUCUCCGGCCGGCCACAGUUGUCGGGACACGAAUAUCUCACCGCCUCUCUGCUCCGCACUUGUGCCGUCAAUCAUCGCUUUCCAGAGGGCCCGACACUGUCGCAGCUGCCAGACGCGCCGAGUCCGUGUCCCGCUCCGCUCCCAGCUCAGUCCCCGCUCCCUCCACCCAAGUCAUGGGCGCCCUAACCUUGCCCCUGCUCGCCGCGCUGGGAGCGCUUCUACAGGUGGCUGCCCCUCCCCCGGUGCCGACUACGGUCUCCACCCUGUACCCGUGGGGACGCCGGGCUCAGGGCUCGGGGCCUGCGAGGGUGAGACGGGCCUGGGUCAUCCCCCCCAUCGCCGUGUCGGAGAACAGCAGGAAGAUUCCGUACCAGCUGGUCCAGAUUAAAUCGGACAAGCAGUCGAAGGCGGUGAUCUACAGCAUCAAAGGGCCGGGGGUGGACGAGGAGCCGAGGGGGGGGGAGGGGGGUGGGGGCACACACACGACACUCCCCGCGGCCCCAGUCACACCUCACUUUCCCCGGCAGAUUAAGGCGUACGCGGUGGGCGAGACUGGCGCGCCGGUGGAGGAACCCACCGACCUGGAGAUCAUUGUCAUCGAUCAGAACGACAACCGGCCCGCCUUCCAGCAGCCGCUCUUCACGGGCCGCGUGGCCGAGGGAGCGCCUCCAGGGACGCUGGUGAUGCGCGUGUCCGCGACCGACGCUGACGAUCCACAGACGGAUAACGCUGCCCUGGGAUAUUCAAUCGUGGGAGGCGGACGAGGCAUCUUCCGCAUCGACCCUGUGACCGGGGACAUCCGCAUCGUCGGAGUGGGUCUGGAUCGCGAGGACAUCUCUGUGUACAACCUGACCCUACAAGUGGCCGACCUGGGGGGUGACGGUCUGUCCACCACGGCAACCGCCUCGAUCUUCAUCGACGACGUCAAUGACAACCCGCCGGAGUUCACCCAGGCCGAGUUCAGGUUGGCAGUGCCGGAGGGCGAGGGGGGAGUGGAGGUGGGCCGGCUGUCGGUGACGGACCGCGAUGAGCCGGGCUCCCCCAACUGGAGGGUCAACUUCUCCAUCAGCCGCGGCAACGAGCGAGGCGCCUUCCGCAUCCAGACCGACCCCCGCACCAACGCCGCCAUCCUCCUCGUCCAACAGGGCCUGGACUUCGAGGCGGCCGGGGAGCACGAGUUGACGGUCGAGGCCCGCAACUGGGCCCCGCUGACGGCCGUAACCCCGCCCGCCUCCGCCAGGGUCCUCAUCACCGUCACCGACGUGAACGAAGCCCCGCGCUUCGCCCAGGACCCGCGGCUGCUGAGUGUGGGAGAGGGGCUGCCGGCGGGGAGCGUCAUCAUGGCGGUCACGGCCACCGACCCCGACCUCCCCCCACAGAACGUCAGUGGUUUUCUGGCACCCAAUAUGUCCGGGUGCCUCUACCCCCCCGUUAAAACCCCUCUCCUGUGUUCCAGUUACCGGCUGCAGUACGACCCAGCGGACUGGCUGUCCGUCGAUGCCCGCACUGGGCAGGUGGUUCUGCGGCAGGAGAUCAGGCGGCAGUCGCCCUUCCUGCAGCAGUACCGGUACGCAGCGCUGGUCACCGCCACGGACAACGGUGAACCACCGAGGACGGCGACAGGGACAUUGGAGAUCCAGGUGACGGAGGUGAAUGAUCACCCGCCGCAGUUGCACCCGCGGGCGGCCUUCGUCUGCAGCCGGGCCGCCGGCACAGGCGGGGUCAUCGUCUGGGCCACAGAUGCCGACUUGUACCCUCAGGCCAAACCCUUUCACUUCAAGCUUGACCCUGAAUACUCGCUUGUUCCUCACAACUGGACCAUCCGCCCCCUCAACGACACACACGCCCGCCUGGCCGCUCCACCCGACAUCGGCGAGGGAAUUUACGGCGUGUGGAUCCGGGUCAGCGACUCGGGGCAGCCGCGCCUGUCCCGGGAAUAUGGGCUCAACGUGACCGUGUGUGAGUGCCGCGGGGCAGAGGCGUGUUCGCCGGGAGUAGGGGCCGUGACUGCGGCUCGGCUGGGACUGAGCCUCGCCGCCUGGAUGGUGAUCCUCAGCAGCGCCCUGGUCCUCCUGUCCCUGCUGCUGUUGCUACUGGUCACGGAGCGGUUCCGCCGCCGCCACCGCAAGGGGCUUCUCGCCGCCUCCGACGACGACGUCCGCGACAACAUCCUCAACUAUGACGAGCAGGGUGGGGGCGAGGAAGACCAGGAUGCCUUCAACAUUGAAGAGCUGAGGAACCCGGGCGAUGCCCUGCCCCUGCCCCGGACCAGGAGCGGCAGCAAGCAGCCCAUCCGGAGGGACACGCCGUGCGCCCGCGGCCAGUCUCGCUACCCCCGCAGCCCCCCCUCCGACCCCAGCAACAUCGAGGACUUCAUCAACCAGGGAUUACACGCGGCCGACACGGACCCGAACGCCCCUCCGUACGACACGGCGCUGAUCUACGACUUUGAGGGCGAGGGCUCUCUGGCCGAGAGUCUAAGCUCCAUCUCGUCCCGCGGCUCCGACUCUGACCAGGAGUACGACUACCUCAGCGACUGGGGCCCUCGCUUCAAGAAACUCGCCGACAUGUACAGUGCUGCGUAGGAACACGGAGCCCAGACACACGGAGCCCAGACACACGGACCCCAGACACAUGUUGCCCAGACACACGGAGCCCAGACACACGGAC